CUUAGCUACUGGUGGUCGGUAAGAAGUUAUCGCUAUAAUCAGCAGGCAUGUAAAUUCUGAUGGUUGGAAACUGUAUGGCAAACAAUGCAUUAAAACGCAAACUGAUGGUUUUAUCUGCAUUUGAAACUUAUGUUAGUCACAUGAAAAAGAUGCCCUUCAAAGGAAAUAAUCAACGGUCAGAAGCGUCGUUUAGUCACACAGAUAUCGAGCAAAAAGGUGUGGUGCCCUCCCAAACAAGAGAAGUGCUGGCCUGUAUGCCCAUAGGGCGCAAAUGUUACAUAAGAGCAGAAAAAUCGUUUAUUUUUUUCUUUAAAAACAAUGAUGGUCUCCACCAUUUAAAUCCAGUUGUCAGGCCAGAUUCUGCAAUAACCGCGAAAAUUUACUAUGGACCAGUAUUUGGAGGUGGUCAUGAUCUACAUCGCCAACAAUGCCAACUCUAAUUCUUUGUCAUACACACAAUACUUUGGACAUUCUACAAGCUCCAAAUGGUUAUACUUACGAAAGCAAUGCGACACAAACUUGUUGUAGGCACCCCUAACUUCACACCAGAUGAAGUGGAGGUGUUUUAUUUUUCUUCGUAAAGAAACUAAACAAGAAAGAAUAAAUCGCAUGAAGACAAAUAGAAUUUUCAGAAUUUUCAGCUUUAUCAGAGCAAAUUAACAGUAGCUUUUUGCUUAUGGAAGUCGCAUACUGUGUAAAAUAUUUUGUGUAGCAAUUUUAAUGUAAUAUCAUGUAAAUUUGAACGUGUAAUUAUGGAUUAUUUAGAGUUUAAUUUUGAACGACCUCAGCAUCAAGUGCAUGUAUUCCAGUGCUUCUCCAGUCAAAACGUCAUGAUUGUGAAGCUUGUUUUUGGUUUCUUUGCAUGGAAAUUGUCUGGCGUUCAUGGAAAUCGUAAUCAUUGUAAAAACUGUAAUAUACCUACCUAUAGGAGCUGUUCUUCCACUAAAUAUUAUGCAGGAAAAUUUA